AUGGAAGAGAAAGUGCACAUAAAGAAACGUAGCGCAUCGGGAAUUGUUCCAUGGGAGCCCUGUAAGGCAGCAAUAUCAGCCUAUGCAAGAGGAAGCCAUCCUGGUGUUCUGCCACCUUUGAUCAAGUAUCAGUUUGUGAAACCGAAUCCCGUGUCGGAAAAUAAAGCUGAAUUAGAAAUUACUGAGAGACAUUUCUCAGAAAGCGUGGCUUCUGGAGAGAUGGAAAUUUGUGAAUUGUCGAGAGUACGCCCAGUUGGUGACGGAAAAGAAUCUUCACCGUUAAGUGGGAAGGUUGAGGUUGGAAAAGAAGAAAAUGCAGAUAAUUCAGAGGAACUUAAAAGACUAAGAAAAGAUCUCGAGUUAGAAAGGCAAUUGGCACAAGAAUUGAAACGUAUACUUGUUGCUACGAUGGGUGAUGAUUUAACAUGUCAUAUGAAGUCGCUUAGCGAAGAUAAAGUUCGUCUUGCUCAUAUGAUGACGAAAUUUGAAGCACAGAUAUCGCACGAUCAUGAUAGGGCCGAAGAUUUGGCAAUAUUAGCUGAUAUGUGGCGUUCUAAAUUCUUGGCGAUGAGUAUUCGAGCAGAUGAAAUGCGCAGUCAACGAUGUCAUCUGUUUUCUUAUUGCAAGCAGCUUCAAAUAUUGCUUAACAAAUUUCUUGUUAUAAACCAGAAUCAGAUUCACAGAAGGCCCAUAUCCCCAGUUUUGGAAGCAUUGAUAAAAGAAGCUCGUGUAGUGCUGAAAACUGAUCUGACAACAUUUUUUGAACGUUCGCCAUGUGAUGAGAAAAUUAAUAAACCAAUUUCACAUAUGUCGAAUAUUACAAUUACUUGUUGCAAACAUUGUGUAGGUAAGGAAAUUAAAUUAAUAUAG